CACGCCAGUGGCGACAGGGGAGAGUUGGAAAGACGCAGGAGAGAGGCAGGAGGCAGGAGGCGGCCGGGAGGGAGCCAUGGGAGCGGGAAGCUGGAAGAUUCCCUGGACGCAGAUCCCCGUCCAGCCCCGCGCCGCCUCGUCGGCCCCGACCGACAGGGGAGCGAGGAGCCGGGCGAGCAGAUGGAGGGCAGCUCGCUCCAGGCGGCGGGCUUGGCCGGAGCGCGGAGGAGCCGCCAGGCGCCCGGCUGAUUGGAAGAGAAACGCAGAGCGAUGGAGGCGGGGGUAGGAGGACGGUUCUCUGCGGGGACUGGCGGCGGCGUACACGCCCGGGUCGGGCGCUGCAGAGCUUGGCUGGCUUUCAACCCGCGCUCGCCGGCUCCAGCCCCGCGAGCCCCCACCCCCGGCCCUCCCGGCAGCCCCGCAGGGUGAGGUGGCGUUGAACCCGGAUCGCCCGGCCAGCGUGACCGAGGAGGAGGUGGCUGGAGGUGGCCGGACGGCUGGAGAAUGAACGGAGAAGCAGACUGCCCCACAGACCUGGAAAUGGCCGCCCCCAAAGGCCAAGACCGCUGGUCUCAGGAAGACAUGCUGACUUUGCUAGAAUGCAUGAAGAACAACCUUCCGUCCAACGACAGUUCCAAGUUCAAAACCACUGAGUCACAUAUGGAUUGGGAAAAAGUAGCAUUCAAAGACUUUUCUGGAGACAUGUGCAAGCUCAAAUGGGUGGAGAUUUCUAACGAGGUGAGAAAGUUCCGUACAUUGACAGAACUGAUCCUCGAUGCCCAGGAACAUGUUAAAAACCCUUACAAAGGCAAAAAGCUCAAGAAACACCCCGACUUCCCAAAGAAGCCCCUGACCCCUUAUUUCCGCUUCUUCAUGGAGAAGCGGGCCAAGUACGCUAAGCUUCACCCUGAGAUGAGCAACCUGGACCUGACCAAGAUCCUGUCCAAGAAAUACAAGGAACUGCCCGAGAAGAAGAAGAUGAAGUAUAUUCAGGACUUCCAGAGGGAGAAACAGGAGUUCGAGCGAAACCUGGCCCGAUUCAGGGAGGAUCACCCUGACUUAAUCCAGAAUGCCAAGAAGUCGGACAUCCCCGAGAAGCCCAAAACCCCCCAGCAGCUGUGGUACACCCACGAGAAGAAAGUGUAUCUCAAGGUUCGGCCAGAUGCCACUACGAAGGAGGUGAAGGACUCCCUGGGGAAGCAGUGGUCUCAGCUCUCGGACAAAAAGAGGCUGAAAUGGAUUCAUAAGGCCCUGGAGCAGCGGAAGGAGUACGAGGAGAUUAUGCGCGACUAUAUCCAGAAGCACCCUGAGCUGAACAUCAGUGAGGAGGGCAUCACCAAGUCCACCCUCACCAAGGCUGAGCGCCAGCUCAAGGACAAAUUCGAUGGGCGACCUACCAAGCCGCCUCCGAACAGCUACUCGCUGUACUGCGCGGAGCUGAUGGCCAACAUGAAGGACGUGCCCAGCACGGAGCGCAUGGUGCUAUGCAGCCAGCAGUGGAAGCUGCUCUCGCAGAAGGAGAAGGAUGCCUACCACAAGAAGUGCGACCAGAAAAAGAAAGAUUACGAGGUGGAACUGCUCCGUUUUCUGGAGAGCCUGCCGGAGGAGGAGCAGCAGCGGGUGCUGGGGGAAGAGAAGAUGCUGAGCAUCAACAAGAAGCAAGCCACCAGCCCGGCCUCCAAGAAGCCCUCCCAGGAAGGGGGCAAGGGCAGCUCCGAGAAGCCCAAGAGGCCGGUGUCAGCCAUGUUCAUCUUCUCCGAGGAGAAGCGGCGGCAGCUGCAGGAGGAGCGGCCGGAGCUCUCGGAGAGCGAGCUGACCCGCCUGCUGGCCCGCAUGUGGAACGACUUAUCGGAGAAGAAGAAGGCCAAAUACAAGGCCCGGGAAGCAGCGCUGAAGGCCCAGUCGGAGAGGAAGCCGGCUGGGGAGCGCGAGGAGAGGGGCAAACUGCCCGAGUCACCCAAGAGAGCCGAGGAGAUCUGGCAGCAGAGCGUCAUCGGUGACUACCUGGCCCGCUUCAAGAAUGACCGGGUGAAGGCCUUGAAAGCCAUGGAGAUGACCUGGAACAACAUGGAGAAGAAGGAGAAGCUGAUGUGGAUUAAGAAGGCGGCCGAAGAUCAGAAGCGCUAUGAGAGAGAGCUGAGUGAGAUGAGGGCACCCCCGGCUGCUGCAAACUCAUCCAAGAAGAUGAAGUUCCAGGGAGAACCCAAGAAACCUCCCAUGAACGGUUACCAGAAGUUCUCCCAGGAGCUGCUGUCCAACGGGGAGCUGAACCACCUGCCCCUGAAGGAGCGCAUGGUGGAGAUCGGCAGCCGCUGGCAGCGCAUCUCCCAGGGCCAGAAGGAGCACUACAAGAAGCUGGCCGAGGAGCAGCAGAAGCAGUACAAAGUGCACCUGGACCUCUGGGUCAAGAGUCUGUCUCCCCAAGACCGGGCUGCAUACAAAGAGUACAUCUCCAACAAACGUAAGAGCAUGACCAAGCUGCGAGGCCCGAACCCCAAGUCCAGCCGGACUGCACUGCAGUCCAAAUCCGAGUCUGAGGAGGAGGAGGAUGAAGAUGAGGACGAGGAGGACGAGGAUGACGAGGAAGAUGAUGAUGAGAAUGGGGACUCCUCUGAGGAUGGCGGGGACUCCUCCGAGUCCAGCAGCGAGGACGAGAGCGAGGACGGGGAUGAGAACGAGGAGGACGAUGAGGAUGACGACGAGGAUGAGGAUGACGACGAGGAUGAAGACAACGAGUCUGAGGGUAGCAGCUCCAGCUCUUCCUCCUCAGGGGACUCUUCGGACUCUGACUCCAACUGAGGCUCAGCCCCAACCCGGGGCGCCCCUCUCCGACGGACGCCUUUGUUUUCCCCCCUUGUUCUGUCCCCUGCCCCUGGCCUCCCCCACUCUCUUUCUUUCUCUCUUUUUUAAACAAAACAUGGUGGGGGAAGGGGCUGGAGGAGCCCAGGCCAGGACUCUGCAGCCUCAGAGACAUCAGCCCUGGGGACUCUCCAGGGAGGGCAAACCAUCAGACUGAGCCACCCCUGGACUGGGCCGGCCCACCACUUCUGCACUUGCGGUUCCGGCAUGGACAAUGGACCUGGGAGCGGGGGGGUGGGGGUCCCCCAAAGAGUUCAGUGAGGACCUCUAAACCUGCAGCCCAACUUAAGGGGGGGAGGAAGCUUGGGAAGGACCCCUCCCUUCCCAGAGGGGCUUGCUGCCUGGACCCCCUACGUUGGAACUAGAGGCAGGGAAUGUGGGGAGGAGGGCACGUGCCUGUGAGAACACAGGCCCUGCCCCAUUGCCCUCUCCCCUGCCCCCUGCAGGAAGGAGCUACCUGGACCCACUCUUGGCGGGGGAGGGGGCAGAGGUGUUUUUUAUAUAUGUGUAUAUAUUUUUUUUUAAGCUCUGAGCUGUCAACGAGACGUUUCCUACCGAUCUCGGCUGCCGUCUCUGUUGUCAUUUCUCCGGGAGGGAGGGUUUAGGGGGGUAAGUUUGGGAAUUUUUAAAACUUGAUACGAAUGGAAAAGUGAGUGUGUGUGUGUGUAUGUGUGUGUGUGUGUGUGUGUCCCCUGUACAUAGCAUGGGUGUACCUGUGGAUGUGUGCAAAGGCACGUGUGUGUGUGUGUGUGUGUGUGUGUGUGUGUGUGUAAGGGGGGGGAGCCCACAUCAGUCCAUGAAUCUGGUAAAAGGGUUGACAAAGGCCAGGGUGACGUUGAUCCUGGUGGGGACAGGCUGGGGCGGCCUCUUUCUCUACACCCUCUGCUUUGCCUAAUCUCUGAUUCAGUUAAAGCGGGCGUACCGAAGCCCCUCUCUGAUGCUUCCUAGCAGCUUCCCUCUGCCAGGGCCAUAGGACUCUGAGCUGCCGCUGGUCUCCAGCAGGAUGGCAGGGAGGGAGGCAGACCAGCUGAAAAUUAAAGCUUGUCUUUGGUGGAAAGAGCCUCAAGCCCGUCCCAGGCGCAGGACCUGGGCUUCAAGAGGUGUGUCGCAAGCUCUUAUCCCUCCUGCCUUCAUACCCUCCAGCUCCCCUGCCCCCAUUUCCUUUGAUUUCUCAGGUCUGCUCCAUUCCUGUCCCCCCACCACACCCCGGCCCGAACCCACAGCUGGGGAAGAGGUCUAUAAAAGCUGCUUUUGCAGCUGUCCCUCUAACCCUUCCCAGCUAUCCCCAAAAUUUUGGAACUCUGAUUCCUAGAUCCUUAAUAAGCCAAGCCACCUUGUCUCUGUGGGUUUAAUUUUUUUUUUUUUUUUUUUUUUGCAAUCAUGUCAGUGAGCUAUUUAAUUGGGUCUCUGUGCUUUUCAACCUUCCCCCUUCCCCCCCCCAUGGAAGCCAAGAAAUGGGGGGAGAGUGGGAGCUCCACCUCGGAGGUGAGAUGGGAAACAUGGAUCCUGCUCCCAAAGGAAGGCAGUCUUCGCCUUGGACGUGGUGCUGGGGUCAGGGGAGCUAAGGGAGGGAUACUCCCCACUCCCACGCCCCUUCCUUUGUCCCUAUCCUGGAGUUAGGCACAGGGCCUCACAGGUUCUAUUUCUUACCAGGAGCCCCUGCAGAGAACCCCAGUCCCUGUGUGAGUGCCCCUGUGCUGUUGUGUUUUAGUGGAAUGUGUUUUCAUUUAAAAACAACUUUGAAUGGGGCGCUUUUUAUUUCCUGUUUUAAAAAAUUGAAAAAUUCUUACAGUGCAAACAGGGCUGUGGGGGUGGGGGUGUUGGUGCUGUAAGAGGUCACUCUGAGUGCAUUUUGGCACUGGGAUGGGAUGGCUGGGGUGGGAGGACCCCCACAUCCCCCCUCCCCUUUUUUUUCUAAUAUUUAAGGAGUGUUUUUGUAGGUUUCAACAACAACCACAACUUGAAUUUGUAUCAUGGGAGGGGGAGGGAGUGGCUUAGAGGUGUCUGCCUAAGCUAAAGGCCAACUGUGGAAGUUUUGUUUUCCCUUUUUUUGUACAAUAAAGUG